UCUCUUGAGUUGGCCUGUGGAGAGAGAUGUUUCAGUCACUUUCACAAACUAUUAAUACACACACUCUUUUGAUCUACUCAGUUCUGCUUUGAAAGCAGAAGUUGAAGCUAUCUCAUGACUGCUGUCAGCCUGCAGGAAGCCAUGGUUGCAGGUGCAACAUCUGUGUAGGACUAUUGUUCGGGUGGGAAGUUUUUGGUUCACAUCCUGGCUGUGGAGGCAGCAUGUGAAAAAGUAUAAAGACUCUGAAGUGAUUUGUUCCUCUUGCUUGGAUGGUUUGGCAACAGUGACUUUUCUUUUUUGUUGGAAUACAAUUAAGUUUCAUAAGAUCAGGCUGGAUCCAAUAACAGCUACUGUAGUCUUAACUCUUCUUCGAGUGCUGGAGUGACUUGCAUAAAGGGUGCCUCAGCUUACAGAAGAAACAUGAAAAUCAGAAUGAAUGACUCGGGCGGGCUGACUGCAGUUUGAUCUGAUCAACAGAGGAGUGCUACCUACUAGCAGUGAAAUGCCUACUGUUUCGUUCCUGCCAUUUUCAAUCGUGCUUGGAGUUUUGGGGAUCUUGUGUGUGGGGUUCACAGUGUACUGGAGCCACCACUGGCUUGGUGGCUUUGCCUGGGAUGGAUCUUCUCACAUGUUUAACUGGCACCCAGUGCUCAUGGUGACAGGCAUGCUGGUCUUGUAUGGCAUUGCGGCACUAGUUUAUCGUGUACCCCUCUCCUGGGAGGGCUCCAAGCUCCCAUGGAAGCUGCUGCACGCAGCACUGGCCUUCACAGCAUUUAUCUUAGUUGUCCUGGGACUGGUUGCUGUCUUUGGGUUUCACAACAAACAGGGAAUUCCCAAUAUGUACUCCCUACACAGCUGGCUAGGACUAUCUGCUGUGCUACUCUUCUCCUGCCAGUGGCUAAUGGGAUUUUUGUCUUUCCUGCUGCCUUGGGCCCCCAUUCGGUUCAAAGUCCUUUACAAGCCCAUCCAUGUCUUCUUUGGCUCAGCCAUCCUCGUUUUGGUUGUGGCAGCUUCCAUCUCUGGCAUCAAUGAAAAGCUCUACUUCCGACUAACAAAAACACCAACCCCAUACUCCAUGCUUCCUGCAGAGGCUUGGUUUGCCAACGUACUUGGGAUGCUGAUCCUAAUUUUCUCACUGUUGGUGUUGUGGGCUCUUGCACGGCCUUCAUGGAAACGUCCAGAGGUGAAUACAGAAGACCUCCAAGAGCCCUUGCUUCAGGCACCCAAAUGAAAUGUUACAAAGCAGCUGUGGGGAGCUACGAAGAGGUGACAUAGUUGCCAGUUCUGUGCUGAGAACUGCAACCCAGCUUGCUGGUAUCUUCAGUAUGGAAGUUUGCAUCACAAAUCAGUGCACUAGCAGAAGCUAAACUUCCUGGUCUUGCUACUGUGGGAAACUGAACAUCCGGCCAUCUCCAUAUAGCCUAUUGCCUUAUUUGUUAAUUGGUUCCCAAAUGUUUGUAUACUUUCA